AUGCGCUCCAAUUAUUUUUCCGCCGGCCUCGUUUGCGCCUACGCCUCAGCUGUUGCUCUGGCGGCGCCCUUUGCAGGCGACAGCAGCAUCUUGAGCAGGAGGGCCGACUCAAGUAAGGUGGGUUUUUUGGCAGCCUUCUGGAAGACGAAUGAGACGGGCAUAUUCUUCGCCAUAAGCACAAACGACGACCCACUGUCAUUCACUCCCAUCAAUGGCGGAGAAGCUCUCUUUGUUCCCACCCUCGGGCAGAAGACUGUGCGCGACCUUUCGAUUGUGCCUGGAAGCGGAGAGGAAGAAGCUACAAAGUGGUAUCUUCUCGCAACCGAUCUAAACAUUGACGAUUAUUCGUCAUGGGACGCGGCGUCCGCCAAUGGCUCCAAGGCCCUGUUGAUCUGGGACAGCACAGACCUGGUAAACUGGACCAACGAAAGGCUGAUCACGGUCGAGGACGACACUGCCGGAAUGGCUUGGGCGCCUGAUGCCAUCUACGAUCCGGACGCAGGCAACUACAUGGUGCAUUGGGCGGCCAAAUUUUUUGCCGAAAACGACACGGCGCACAACGACGGCGCAAUCGGAGAGGCAGUCAUGCGAUACGCGCACACAAGCGACUUCCAGACAUUCACCGCACCGCAGACAUACAUCGACAGGAACCCGAACAGCACAAUCGACCUCAGCUUCCUGAAGAUCAACGACACCGCCUACGUGCGUUUCUGGGCCCACGACGGCAUUCACACAGAAGUCGGCUACGAUGGUCUGUUUGGGUCGUUCGAGGAGGUCGGAGACGUCGUCACCGACUACGAGGGCGCUUAUGCCAUCUGGGACAAUACUGCCGAUGGCGUGGCGUACAUGAUUGCGGACAAGGUCGGUAGCGAUGCAGGAAUCAGACUUUACGGACCCUCCGACCCGACGACUGGUGUAUGGGUGCAGGACACGGCUGUGGAUAUGACGUACAUGCGGCACGGCUCUGUUCUCGCUUUGACUCAGGAGCAGUAUGACGCCCUCGCUGCUGUUUGA